GGGCGGCUGGUAAGCGUGUUUUGCUGCCCGCGUACUGACUCGGAGACAGACCAAGCGAGGCACUCACUUCGCAGUCCUUUGAGACUGACUGAGUUUGGUCUCUGCUAUGAUUAUAAUUUUUGUACCACUGACAGAAAUAGCUUCUACCCUUUCAUUACUAUAUACACGUUCGUAGGCGUCAAGGGGUAAACUUGCACAUG